UUUCUUGCGCGGGCUUCUCGUUCAACGGUGAUCUUAUAAUUUUUGAUUGUUUUUUUUCGUUCUAACCGAUACAACGUACAAGACUCGAUUACUUCCGAGAAAUUAUCGAUGAAUUCAUAAAUAUUUCAAGCACAGAUAUGUGUGUUGUUCUUUUAUCACCCUUUUUUUAAUUAAUAAAUUAUCGUCGUUUCCCGUAUACUUACUCCGAAAUUUUAACCCGCGACGACGCGCACUCUGCUGACAACAACAACGCCUCCCGCCACCCGCCGCUUCCACUUAUCUAUAGUUUUAUUUUUUUAUUAUUAUUAUUUUUAUUACUAUUAUUAUUAUAUUGUUUAUUUACUAUUUUCAUUCCUUGGGAUUCAUGCUUGUACAUUAUCUGUGCGUUGCUGCUGCGACCAUUUUUCCGGCUCACAGUUCCGCCAUUGUUUUGAUCUAGACGUCAGGAGUAUUUCGGGAUUUUACCUGCUAAGAGUUUAAUCAAUGUGUUUAUGGUAGUCGAACACAUUAGCUUUCCGAAUAGGUACGAUUGCAGUGGCGUUACACAGUCGUUAUGUCAGCCGGCGUUUCUGAACAGGUGAAAUAUAACCAUUAUUCUUACAUAGCGCGUCAAGGGACAAGGAAACCAAGUUAAUGGACAAAAAGAUCAUAGCAAAGUAAAGGAGCCUGGACAUUUCGAAACUGUUUGGCAUCCACAAAUUCAACAACAAUCAGGUUAUAAUAAUGCUAUGACUCCUGAACAAUAUUAUCAGUAUCAAAAUGCUGCUCCAUAUCAAUAUCCUACUGCAACUGCAUAUAAUGUGGCUGAUCGAUCAUGGACUAAUGCACCUGGAGCCGUAACAUAUAUUGGAGGAUAUUUGCCUACUCCAGAGGCUUAUAGUCAACCAAAUGUUUAUAAUACUCAAUAUAAUCAUCCUACUCCUAACCCAGGUUAUCACAACUAUUACAUUGCUCAAAAGCCAUUUGAAGGAUAUUAUAGGACUGGUGAACAGAUAUAUGGAGUUCCUGUAAAUGAACAAAUAAAAGCCAUUGAACAAGACGUGCAAGCAUUAAAUGUAAAUGAUUAUAGAGAUAAUAAUAGCUUUCAACAGAAAAAAAUGUCAUGGGCGUCGGUUGCCAAACAACCUGUCAAACCUAUGACAUCAUUAACAUCUGUAACAAAAAAAAAAGGUCCAUGCAUACCUUCAUCACGUAUGGUUUCUGGUAAAAAUGAUGGUCACUGGGAAACAAAAACUGUAGCUAAACCACCUCCACCUCCAGUAAUACAGGUUCAAGUUCCAAUUGUUCAAGCUCCUGUUGUAGAAUCAAAACCUCAAAACUGGAGUGAUCAUAGAAAUGCUCCUCCAUCAUAUAAUCCCUCUAUGACAGAAAUACCUACACAUAUACCUCCUCCUGACCAUAUUAGACAUAUACCUCCUCCACCCAUAAUCAUGUCAUCACCUCCACCACCACAACCAUCACAACCACAAGUUAUAACUUCUCCAAAAGAGGAAAAGCCUAAAGGCAAAAUAAUUGAUGAAUUAAAAAUGAAGAAUCAUUACAAUCCAGUUGAAUAUUCUAAUCCACCUGAAGGAUCAAGAUUUUUUAUCAUUAAAUCUUAUUCUGAAGAUGAUAUACAUCGCUCAAUUAAAUAUGAAAUUUGGUGUUCUACAGAUCAUGGUAAUAGACGGCUAGAUCAAGCAUUUAGUUCAUCAGAAAAAAAGAAAAUAUUUCUUUUGUACUCUGUUAAUGGAUCUGGUCAUUUUUGUGGUGUGGCAGAAAUGAUAUCAGCUGUUGAUUAUAAUUCUUCUAGUUCAGUGUGGUGUCAAGAUAAAUGGAAAGGACAAUUUGGUGUUAGGUGGGUAUAUGUAAAAGAUGUGCCCAACAACCAACUAAGACAUAUACGUUUGGAAAAUAAUGAAAACAGAUCUGUGACUCAUUCUAGAGACACACAAGAGGUUCCUUAUAAUCAGGGUGUACAAGUAUUAAGAAUUAUACACUCAUAUAAACAUGAAACCUCAAUUUUCGAUGACUUCCAACAUUAUGAAAAUUUGCAAAAAUUAGAAGAUAGCAAAAAAAGUGCAGCUCCCUUUCCUCCAUCUUCGCAUUCUUCUAUCAACAAGCGUAAUAAAAGUGGACCUAUUCAAUUUUCAAGUGAUAAUCGAUCAUCUCAUCACAACUAUUAUAACAAAGAUUGGGAAAAUAAGCAAAAAGAUACUAAAUUUGAUGAUAGAGAAAAUUCUCGUCAUUCUCAUAAAUCUGAAAACUUCAUUCAUAGCCAUCGAUCAAGAACUGAUAACCCUAGAGGACGUAAUGAUAAUUAUAGUAAAGAAGACAACUUCAGAGAAAAAAACGAAUAUCACAAAAAUAAUCGUAAUGAUCAACACCAUCAAAAUUGGGAUGAAAAUUACAGGGGUAGGAAUAAUUACAUUAGAGGACGCAGAGGUAGAAGUGGGUCGUCUGUUUAUGUUAAUAGUAAUUUAAAGCAAACUCCUCGUGGUAGUGAAUAAAAUGAAAGAUUUUAUUUUGUUACCAGGUUAAAUAUAAAAAGGAUUGUAGAA